AUUACCGAAAGUGAAGAUUACGAGGAGACAUUGAAUGCGGCUUAAGCAUUGUCGUUUUAUUUUGUGACCUAUUUGUGUGCAGUGUAACCUAACGCAGAAACAUUUUAAUGCACUAUGCAGCACUGUGAACAAUGUCGGAGUUUUCCAAGCGGUAGCGGUUUAAGAGCAGAUUUGUAGCUGCUCUGCUACAUCAGGAUGAGCACCAAAUGCUAACUUGCCUAGCUACACUGUUAGCAUCUUAGUAGCUGUUCCGGCCAAUUGAAGGCAUCAGAGUCCUACUAUACAGACUACAUACAGUCCAUGGUACCAAGGAGAUCAGCAGAAUGACCUCAGCUUCCACUAAAGUUGGGGAGAUCUUCUCUGCAGCUGGAGCCGCCUUCACCAAACUAGGAGAGCUCACCAUGCAGCUUCACCCGGUGGCAGACUCCAGUCCUGCAGGUUCCCACCCUCCCUCCAGUGGUCAGACGAAGGGCACCGUGAAGAGGAAGCUGUAUGAAGACGGAGGUCUGCCCUCCAUCUCUGACGGGCCUAAGAAGGGCACCAAGAAAACCAACGCUGCUGUCACCAUGGCAACUCAGGGCACUCCAAAUGUCAUUUCCGUGCCCACUGGUCGGGUGGUCGUAGCAUCAGGACUACAAGGUGCCCCCUCCAGACAGCCCACCCUGAAGAAACAGAAGACUGCAGACGUGACCCUCAGCGCUCUCAACGACUCAGAUGUCAACAGCGAUCUUGUGGACAUGGAGGGACUCGGUGAAGGAUCCAACUCCAAGAAACUCAACAACUUUGAUCAAGAUAACCUGAACCUGGACUCGGGCCUCAUCAUGAACCCCAGUGACCUUCCUCUGCUCUCCCGCUGACCCGUCACUUCCUGUGGACUCAAAGUGAUGGACCCAAAAACCCACGUUUUAAAAAAACCGGACUUUUCCUUUGAGCCAGAAGACGCUGACCGCCCAGAAGGGACUACAGAUAGUAUUGAAUACUGUGUUGUAUCAUGCGGGACAAUUGGACGCAUCUUACUAGUGUGAGAGUUGUCAGCACUCUCAGAAUCAUGUUUGGAUCAUUUACAUUUUCUUACUGCAAUAAUGAUUGCAUUAGACCAUUUCCUCUCCUAAUUGACUUUGCUUUGUAGGAGCGUCCAAAACAAAAGUGAGGAAGCUGUUCCAACAUUCAAACUUCCUGUUUCUUUACAAAGAAGCCAGGAAACAAACACAAUGCAACAGAGAGACCUCGGUAUGUUUGUCUGAAUAAUAAUGUUUGAUUGUAUUUCUUGUCCUCACCACUUUUAGCUAAUGGUUGUAUGAGCAGGUGAUUACACAAGUCUUAGUUUAGGAUAAACAUAUUUAAGUAGUUAUUAAAGUCUUUAGAACAAAGACA